AUGGCCGCGUCAUUGGGCGGGAAAAGGCUGGCUCUGAGUCAUGGCGGAAAGAUGAAAGCAAGGAAACAGGACGGUUUUGUCCGAGUGAGGAAAAGUGAUCUGGAGAAGUUAACCGCAGAAGUCAUGCAGCUGAGGGACUUCCUGCCCAGAGUCCUGAAUGGAGACCUGAUUGAAACGCUGCAUAAAGCUCGAACAGCUCAGACAAUGAAGGAGCAGCUUGCACAGGAACAGGACCAGUUGCGACAGGAGUGUCAGCACCUUCAGUCCCGGUUGGAUGCAGUGCAGACUGAGUGUCAGAAAGAGAGAGAGGAGAAGCUGCUGUUGCGUGAGCAGCUGUGGCAGAGCGGAGCAGAGCUGCAGCAGCAGGCGGACUUCUGCUCUGGUCUGGGAUCAGCAGCUUGCAGUCUGCUGUGGAGCUGCUCUGCCAGUGAGGACACGGUCUCACACUGGCUGGCUGAUGGGAAGCUGCAGUCCUUCCUGCUUGUAGCUGCCCAGACUCUGGAGAGCUUCGUCAAGUCUCUGGAUGAGGAGGCCAAAACUCAGACUGAGGACCACAACUCCCAGGAGCACCAAUUUGUGCUGGCUCUGGCUGGAACCAUUACGAACGUAGCAGCAGUGUCCUGUGGCCGGGACUUCCUGUCCUGCUCGGCCCGUGUCCUCCUGGACACUCUGAUGAGGCUUCUGGAGCUGAUGAUGCCUCGUGUCUUCCCCAAACUGAAAGUGUUGAUGCUGAUGGCUCUGUAUAACGUCAGCAUCAGUGUUAAAGGACUGAAGUGCAUCAGUGAGAACCCAGGACUCCUGUCCCUCAUCUGGACCCUGCUGGACGAUGGAGACUGGGAGGUGUGUCUCCACUCUCUGCGUCUCCUGCAGUCGGUGUUGUUGGAGGAGGAGGUGCUGCUCCUGCUGGGCUCCUCUCUGCUGGAUCCAGACCUCCAGGCUCGUGUGGGCCGGCUCACCUCCAGUGAGCAGCCCAGCCUGAGACUGGCUGCCCAGCAGACCCUAGAGGACCUGCUGGCCCUCCAACAGGGUCGGGGGUGUAAGCGGAGCAGCGUCUGA